AUGGAUCGUGUUAGCAGUUUACCAGACGAGCUUCUCAGCCAUAUCUUGUCUUUCCUUACGACGAAGGAGGCUGCUUUGACAUCGAUUCUCGCCAAGAAGUGGCGCAAUCUGCUCGCCUCUGUCCCUAAUCUCGAUAUUGACGACUCUGUGUUUCUGUAUCCCGGAGAGGGUAAAGGGGAAAGCGACGAAAUGAAACAGAGCUUCAUGGAUUUUGUGGAUAGGAUAUUGGCCCUGCAGGGUGAUUCUCCGCUAAAGAAACUCUCCCUCAAGUGUCUAAACGGCGUUGAUUCAGACCGUGUGGAUGGCUGGAUGCGUAGUGUGUUGGCACGUGGUGUUUCGGACCUUGAUCUAACAGUCAUUCUGGACAUGGAUGAAGAAGACAACUAUCAGCUGUCUCCAAAGUGUUUCGAGUGCAGCACACUGGUUAACCUGAGAUUGGUCUGUGGGAUUGAUGUUCGUUGGGUCGCUGGUCGGGUUUGCUUACCGUUGCUUAAGACUCUCACUCUUGACUCGGUUCGGGUUUGUUCUGGUGAGUUUGAGGCUCUUCUUCAUGCUCUGCCUGCCCUUGAGGAGUUAGACCUGGUUGAUUUGUCCUGGCAAGAUACGGAUGUGACCGUCUCAAGUGCAAGCCUCAAGACCCUGACAAUAAAGCUAAGCGAUGUCUCAAGCUCUUUGUCGUUUGAUACACCGAGACUCGUUUACUUUGAGUACUCUGGUUAUGUCGCAUCGGACUAUCCGGUAGUCAAUAUGGAAAGCUUACUCGAUGCUCGAAUCAACUUCUUCUUAAGUGAAGAUCAGAUCAAGCAAGUUAGAGAACCAGAUGAUGAUGAUGAUUGGUUUGACGAAGAAGAUGCUCUCGGAUAUAGUAAUGUCUGGAAGCUCUUUCAUGGCGUACAACAUGUUCCGCAUCUUGACUUGUUUCCUGAUACUCUUGAGGUGCUUUCUUUAUGUUGUGAAUCGAUGCCAGUUUUCAACAACCUCAAAUCCUUAUAUAUUAAGAGUAGCAAGGAACGAGGAUGGCAAGCAAUGCCAGUUCUUCUAAGGAACUGUCCACAUUUAAAAACUAUAAUCUUUGAGGGUCUCGUGCACCAUGAGACAGAUAAGUGCGGGGAUGCUUGUGACUGCGUUUCUCGGGAGGACAAAGGCAGUUCACUCGCAACUUGUCCAGUGAAAAAGUUGGAGAUCCAUGGGUUUCGAGGAACAAUGAAAGAGAUGCACAUGAUAAAGCAUUUCUUGGACUAUUUUCCAUGUUUGGAGGAGAUGAAGAUCUACGUUGAGGAGAAAGAUCCUACACAGCUUGGAAACCAUGAAGUGUCUAAACUUGUCUUGGAGAUGUUCGAACUCUACAACAAGUUAUCGACUUGCAAUAUCCACCUCCUGGUGAAUGAUUAUUUGCAUAAGAAUUGA